AUGCCUGGCCAAAUCCCUCAUCUCCGAUCCUCCAUUACUAGCUUACAGCUGAGUGCGAAGUGGUCGGUGUCGGAGAUGAGGAGCAGUGGCCUUGUGGUGACCUUCCUGGCCUUGGUGUUUCUUGUCAGCCUCUCCACUGCCCGUGUAGACCCUCACCUCCUCCUCCUCCUCCCCAGCCAAGGAAACGGAGAGGGAUUAGCGGGAGAGAAGCCAUGGGCGUGCUGCGACAUGUGCCUCUGUACGAGGUCGUUCCCGCCGCAGUGCCGGUGCACCGACGAGUUGAUCGGAGGCUGCCACCCCAACUGCAAGAACUGCCACUGCACCAGGUCGUUCCCGCCCAAAUGCUACUGCCGCGACAUCAUCUACGAGGACUGCGGCGACCGCUGCCACCCGUAG